GUCCUUUUCUCGCCGGACGUGAUCCUGCAUCUUGCGCCUCACUACAAGUCCAUCAUCGGCAUGCUUGACUGCGCCGAGUCCGUCCGCGUGAUCUACCAUUGAUCUACCUCGCUGUCAAUCUUUGUCUCUGGUGCGUUUUUGUGCCCAAACCCAGUCAUCGGCGUACAAGUACUGCGUCGCUCUGCAGAGCUAGAGCUGGCAUUUUGACCGGCCAUGCUACGUGAUCGGACAGUCACUGAGUCAGAGUGACCAUGAUGAAGAGAAGCUGCCAGCACUCGCCGCAGCAGUAGCAUUGACAACUGAUGUAUAACGGCAGAAUGAAACAAGACGAUUUUCGCAUUCCACAUACUGUACAUGUACCAUCGCCCAAAGUAAUCUCCAGCAGUUCUUGUACUAAUCCGAAGGUCGACACAGAACUGAUUUUGUUCCAGAAUCCCAGAGGUCUAAGUGUUGGUCAAGAAGACCAUCGGGAGUUGGGAUAUCCUCCUACCUUUGCGCAUGGUACGGAGUCUCCGACCUUGUAAUAGCAUGUCACAUCUUUGCCAUUUCCAAGGUCUACCAAGAACAUCUCUAGCUCCUGCGCAAAUGUUGCAAUGAAAUCAAGUCAGUAGAAACUCCUCCCAUCCGUUCGCAACCGCUUGGACUUCGGUAAAAACAACUGCGACUACGCCAUGCCACACUGGACUACAGCGCGCUUCUACUGCAGUGCUUUGCUGCUCGUCUCCACCACGCUAGCGGGCGCUGGCUUCUUGGGCGUGCACGCCGAAAACCCGGCCGCUGCGGACGCUGACGACUAUCCUCCGCUCGGCUGCUGGACAAAACGCUCGUACGGAGGUGGAACCAACGGACGCAGCCUGCCGCCCUGCAACCCGCCUGUAUGGGUGUCAGCGCACGGUGCCAGGGCGGCGAGUCGUCAGAAUGGCGAGGGAUAUCGGGAAACAGCGAACAUUGAUGACUCCCGUCGAUCAGCGAGAGCCGCGCCGGUGCAGUCAACGAGCAGCGGCACAUCAACGCCGACGGAGACGAGUGUAUUCAACGCAUGGAGCAACAGCGUGAUAACGAGCGCCACGCUACCUGGCGAUCUGGACGAUCGUCAGGAUGGUUAUGGGGCCGGACAAUUGUACGCGUCAGCGUCGGUCAUACAGUUCCAGGCAGCCGCUAACGGAUCGCUAGCGGAGAGUGUCCUGCUGUACAUGGUGUCGGAAACUGGCUUGGUCUCGCGCUCCUGGCUGUACCAACGGGAGUUAGCCAGCUGGGUGACACUGGAAGACCCCAUACCGGAUGCUGCUCAAGUUGGGUUACCCUAUCAGCCCGGUGGACCCAAGAGAAUCUGGCCAAGCAUGGCGGUAGCACACAUUGUCAAUCCGCCCGACGACGACUUCAUCGACACGAUCUUCCUGUUCGGCGGCGCAACCUUCUCCGGCGUGCUGUUCAACGACACGUGGCGGCUGAACGACUUCCGUUGGCACCCGGUGGAGACGCCCGGCUACCACGGCGACCUGGCCCGGUUCCGACACAGCGCCGUCGGGCGCACAGUGACGACGCACGACGCAGCGCCACCGAACAGCAGCAGCAGCAGCAGCGGCGGCAUCACUAGCAGCAGCCACGAGUGCCAGUACUUUGUGUUCGGUGGCAUGGCGCUGGGCAUUGUGUACCCGCUGCGCUUUCUCAACGACCUGUGGCUGCUGAGCGUGGAGCAGUGUGAGUCCGUGCUCAGCCCCGGCAACUGGAGCCAGCUGACGGUGGCGUCGGAGUCGCCGCUGCCCUCGCCGCGAGUGCACGCCAUGCUGCAGUUCACCACGGACGGCCGCCUGCUCAUGUUCGGCGGCUGGUCGGAGAACUUCACCACCGCGGAGCCGAGCUUGCUGCUGCGCGACCUGUGGGAGCUGGACGUGACUGACCUGGACGCGGUCGUGUGGCAGUACAAGGGUGCGGUGAACGAUCGCUGUGCCCUGCCGCCGAACAAGGACAGUCCGAGUGUGACACCGCCGGCAUCAUACCUUCCUGAACUUGACAUUGUCGUUGUGUACACAAUGGACUGCAGCGACGAGCCCAUCCACCGCGGGCAAGCACUGCUGCACGUCUUCGACCGAGCCACGCAGCUCUGGUCCCUGGUGUCGCCGAGCGUCCCCUACGACCUCGUGCCCUACCUCAGCAUGCACCCGGCCAACCUGCGCUCGGCGGUCGGCACCGACAUCACACUGCUGAUGCGGCGCCCGUCGCAGGACACCGGAGAGUUCCUGUACGUGCCGUUCCAGCUUACCUUCUCACGCUGCGCCGCCUGCAGCCCCAAGAUCAACGCCACGGCGAUGUCGCCAUGGGGAACGGCGGCUGUGACGUCGUCGAAUACGUCGGCAACUCCGUCGGUCAACGGUAUAUUUGUGCAGCUAGGCACGCCGCCCGAGUACCUGCCAAAGUACAGCACCGUCAUCGCCAACCUGCGGGUUUACCGCGGCAACAUCGUGGCAUUCAUCGUCGGCGGUUUCCAGGGCAACUACACGACGGUCGACGGGGAGCCGCCAAUCGAGGUUGUGCGCAACCUGGGUAUGAGCAUAUGGUUGUUUGAGCACACAGAGAAGACCUGGUCACGCGUGGCUCCCGUGCCGGCCCCCUCACAACGCAGCGGCUUCACCAUCGUCUCCGACAACCUCAGCCUGUUCCUGUUCGGCGGCUACUUCCUGCGCAUACCGCCGACGUCGUCGAUACCGAUCGUGGAGAUGCACGCCGACCUGUGGUGCUUCAACUUCACGUCGCUAGAGUGGACGAUGGCCGCGCCACCCAACAUUCCCGAGAAGGCCCAGUGGCAGCGCCUGUUCCACUCAGCCGUCAUGGACCUUGCCGGCAAGCGCAUGGUGAUCUUCGGCGGCUUCGACCGCGCGUCGGACCAGAUCCGCAGCGACGUUCUGACCUGGUCGCUGCGGUCGCGUCAGACGUGCGCAGGCGAGUUCCACAGUCACUGGCGACGCGACGCACCGCGAUUGGUCGGCCACUCGGCGACGCUGAGCGGCGACAGCAUGUACGUAUUUGGCGGGAUCACGGAGGACGCCGCCAAGAUCAAGUACCUGCUGCCCAGUUUCCAUCGCCUCAAUCUGACCAGCAUGCAGUGGACGGAUCUGUCGCGCGGCGCGCCCUACGGCCGCGUGUUCCACAACGCCGCUCUGCUGGGCAACAAGCUGGUGAUCAGCGGCGGCUGCAGCAAGCAGUCGUUCAGCCACUGGGCGCAGCAGGCGCCGUACUACUACUUCGAGAACCUGUGCCAGCACGACAGCGAGAUCGCGCUCUCCUCGAUCGGCGUGUAUGACAUCGACACCGGCGACUGGCUUCAGCUGCCCGUUAGCAACUCGCCGGGCAGUGUCUUCCUGCACACUAGCUUUGUGAUCGAGGAUCACCUGCACAUCAUGGGUGGGAGCAUACAGACGAAGGAGAUCGGCAGCCUGCAGGGCGCCGGCCUGUUCAACGUGCAGCCGGCCUGCCCGACGGGAUCCUACACGGGCAACUUCUCCUCGGACAGCUGCCACCUGUGCGACGAGUUCUCGUACACGGACGAGAGCGGGGCGCGCGAGUGCGUGCAGUGCGCCGGCCAGUCGAUGACGGGCGUGCGCGGCGCCACCGCCAUCGGCAACUGCUCGCGCUGCGUGCCGGACGUUUGCCACGGCAACGGGGAAUGCACGGUGACGGCGGUGACCGGCGUGGCCAGCUGCUCGUGCGAGUUUGGCUUCGUGCCCAGCGACAACUGCCUGCUGCCCAUCUACUACCUGCUCAUCUGCUUCGCCAUCCUGCUGCAGGUCCUGCUGGUCCUCUCCAUUGUCGUCUACCGUAAGUACACCCGGCAUCGGCGUGCCGAGCGCACCAAGGCGCGCCAGCUGCGCAUCAGCCGCAAGGAGGUCAGCGAUCUGGCGUCCGCCUGGGAGAUCAGCUCCGACGAGAUAGUGCUGAAGAAGCGCAUCGACACCGACUCGCCGGGCGGCUUCGGCGAGGUGUGGCUGGCCGAGUACCGCGACAUGCAGGUGGCCGUGAAGAAGCUGCACCGUCAUCUGCACGACGCCAGCCUGCAGCAGGAGUUCGAGCGCGAGGUGGAGACGCUGCGGCGCAUCCGCCACCCGAACAUCGUCCUGUUCCUGGGCACGGGCACGGAGAAGGGCUCCGACCUGCCAUUCCUGGUCCUGGAGUACAUGCAGCGCGGAACGCUCUACAGCAUUCUUGCCCGACAAGAGAUUCACGUAGACCACGUUCAGCGACUGCGGUUCGCACUAGACGCGGCGCGUGGCAUGCGUUUCCUUCACAGCUUGAAGCCGCCGAGAAUCCAUCGUGACCUCAAGAGUGCGAAUCUCGUAAUCAGCGAACGAUGGAUUCUGAAGGUGGCUGAUUUUGGCGCAGCCCGCACUAUACCCAACAUUGGCCUAGCACUGGAGAAUGAGAGAGAUCCCAAGGCUCCACACAGCGCCAGCAUAGUGCAGGUCUCCUGGCCGGCCACGCUGCCCAGGAAUCGCUCCCUGUCCAAGGCACAGCGCCGUUUUACCGAGGACGACCCGUUGCUGCGUUCCUGGGCGCAUCUCUCCACCGAGGUGGGGACGUUUGCCUGGAGCUCACCGGAGCUGCUACAGCGCAAGGCGUACGGCUCCAGCACCGACGUCUACAGCUUUGGCAUAGUGAUGUGGGAGCUGUACACGCGGCAGGAACCAUUCAGCGAGUACGACGACUGUCGCAUGAUCAGCGACCUGGUGGAGGCCAUCGUGUCCGGCCGUCGUCCCAGCAUACCCAGCGACUGCCCGCCAGAGUACCGAUCGCUGAUAGAGCUCUGUUGGCACCGCGAGCAGGUGAAUCGGCCAGCAUUCAUCGACCUCGUGCCCAGACUCGAUAACCUGAUGGAGAGCUGGGCGAGUCGUGGCAUCAGCUCCAGCCUGCAGGCGUCCGGCCGCUCCAUGGUGGCGGGCAAUGGACGGGCGGCGACGCCGUCGUCGGUUUCCAUGGAAACGUCGGCGGGAAGGCCGUCGUCGUCGUCGAUGGGUCUGAUGAGCACGUCAACGUCGUGUUAACGGGCAGCUGUGGAGGCACCGCAUGCAUGUGGGUGAGAACACCUUGAGCGCAAUGUAUUCUUCUUGUUCCAACCGGGGUUUGCGAAUUUGUCACUGAAAUAAUAGUAAUGUUUUCUGAUGAGCGGUAUACAGUAACGUAGUUCACCAUUGUAAUCACUGUGUUUUCUUCUUCUUUGGAAUGUUAAACUUAAAUCUUGAUCGGCGAGGCAUGCAUUUUAUUGUGCACACCACUGUGACCUGAAGAUGUGCCGAAUUCCUGGUAGAAUGAGUAGACAGACUAAGGAGCGAGUUCUGGUGGAUGGUUGAAGUCGGGUGGCCGCUGCGCCACGGCCUUCGUAUUUCUAUUAGCAUCCCGGCUGUUAACGGUACACUCGCUUGUUGCAUGCGCUUCAAGUGAUAGCAUGUAGAACUUCUGCUGUUUGAAGUGACAUUUAUUCACAAGUCACCGUGAAUACGGCAAGCUUCUAAACUCAUCCUGGCUGCUGACGAUAGCAUUGUAAGAGUUAUGUAGUCUUACUCUUAAUAUUACAAGUGCCCUUAAAACGUACUAGGAAUUAUGUAAUAAGGAAUUAUGUACAUGCUAAUUUGCCUGCUGCAAGGCAGCAGGCAUUGUCACUUUCUGAGUGCAUUUCAAGUGGUUGAAUAUCCAAUGUCUACUUUUCAGACUUUCCCCGCCCUCGACUAAAAUGAAAUUUAGCCCAUCUAUUAUUGCCAUUUAUUUGAUCCAUUUUUUACCAGAACUUCUAGGCUUCUAUCUGGCAAACAAACUAUCUUCAUUGAUCAGUCAAUUUCCUAUUUCUUAAAAAACUGUUUAUUGGUACCAAAA